AUGGCGACAUGGAACUGCCAGCGAUGCUUCCGCGUGGCGAAGUCACAGCACAAUCAAUGUCUCUGUGGCCAGUACAGACAUCAUGGAUGGCUUGCGGGCUACAAGGGCAAAGGCAAGGGCAGAGGCAAGCACUACCCGAUCGCCAAGCGCCAGCCCAGCAGGCCCCGUGACCAUCGUUCGGACAGGCAGAAGCGGCGAGACACUCAUAGUACAGGUCAGCUCAUGGAGAUCAACAGAUCAAUACUCCAGAAGGUCGCCUCGAAGAUUGCGAUGGCGUCCCCGGCAGACGCUACCUCCCACCCAGAGUGGGUUCAGCCCCCAGAGUCAGACGACCCACUCGGAGUUGGCAAGUUUCAGAAGGCAGGCACAGAGCACGCGGACAUCAGGAACAGGCUCGCGAUGCUCCAGUACGCCACCAGCCUGCUCAAGCCUCUGCACAUCCAGCUUCAAAAUGCGACCAGGCGCAAACUUAUAUUGAAGGACAAGCUGGCCGCCAACAGAACGAAAGUGGACGACCUA